AUGUUUGGAAGACCGAGGUGCAGGGAAUGGACUCCUUUAACCACACAGCAACUUCGAUUACGAAGUUUAAUCCAGAUUGUUGGCUACAACAUACGCCCACCAGAGUGGUGUAAUCAUCAAUGUAGCUAUUACUUAACUCUACAUCACACAACAAUGUCAGCGCCGUUCUAUACAAGUGAGAGAAUAUCAUCACCCCAUCCUAAAUGGAAAGAAAUUGAUUCAGAAAUCACUCAACGCAUAACGUCAACAAAUGUUGUUAUACGAAUCUGGUGUCAUAUGCUCUCAACUUGCAAAGACGGUGAAGAAACAAUUGAUCAAAUCCAAGAUACAAUAAUUCAAACAUGGGGCGUCUAUUUUAGUGGUCUUAGAUACAUUGGCGCGAAUUUAGCACUAAAUUUUAAUUCAGAUUGCUUUAAAAGCAACACACUUGUUUUCCAAAUGCUUGGAGGCUACUUCUGUUCCUAUAAAAGUUUAAAAUUAGAUAUAAUCCCACCAGAAAAUGAAACUGAACAGGGUUCUUUUUCAUCAGAUUCAUCAGACCGUUCUAAAAUUGAGUCUAAAUUGAUAAAAGACAUACAGUCCAUAUCUCCCGGAAAAUUAAAAAAGUUAGAUAAAGAAUACUCUAAAAGUCACAGUCCAGUUGAUAGAGGCUUUAAGCAGAGUUUCCCAACUCUCCGGCCCUCAUCUAGUUUAAAUAUAGGUAGGAAAAGGGAUAACAGCGCCGAGAGGAUGCAUAAUCACAAUCAAAUAUACGAACAUUCGCCGGAUUUAGUUAAAGAAUUUAGGACCAGUGAUAUCAACUGUGAUAUAAACGGCGAAGACGUAUCGAGAAUAGAUUUGAGUGAAACUGCCGAAAGUUACGAUUUGAGGAACGAAAUGGACGGUGUUCCAAAAUACCGAUACAUGGCACUGAAUUUUCUAAAAUCGGAAAUUAGACCGAGCUACAACGCGACUAAAUUGCAAAACCUCCAUUUACUACAGUAUGCUAUAAAGAAAAAGCAAGAAGCUGUUCAAGAGAUUAAGGAAAAUAUAUAUAAAAAGUCAGCGUUGUGUGACUCAAUAUCGCCGGAAUUUGAAGGAAAGUUAAAAAAUAAAAGUAAAUCACAGAGAAAUUUGUUUUCCCCACUUGAAGAUGAUUUAAAUAAGAUAAAAUCUUCUUCGCACUGUGAUUUGACCAAAAACGGAAGGAUAAAGGAAGAUAAAACGCCUGUAUCUAAUGGACCAAGACUGACUUUAAAAUUAAAUGAUUUGCUUUCAUAUAAGUCUAAGCCGUCUCCCUUCCAAAGGGCAGAGCACAUUAGACUAACGAAGCAAUUAGAAAUACUUCAUUUUAAGCGACUUAUCCUCUCAGAUGAAAGAGAUAGCAAAUAUGCAAAUAUAAGAAGACUGAAAGAGAGGCAGGCUAGGUUGUUUGAAGAGAAUCAGGAUGUUGGCUCUGAGCUGAUGACGAACUACUACGCGUUAUCCCGUCGCAACGAGUCGUUAAAGGAGUUGCGCGAAUCGUGUAGUGCGAUGCGUGAACUCGCAGCGCGAAAUCACGCGGCGCUUAGUAACUGUAGAAGCGAGUUAUUGCUGCACCUGCAGAAGAUAUUUUAUAUAGAACAGAAAGAUGCAACCACAUGGACAAUAAUUGAUGUGCCUCUACCCAUUUGCGGUGAUGAUACGCGAGCAUCGAACCCGGUACCGGACAGUGUGGCUACGGGCUUUGUGGCUCAGGCCACAGUACUGGCUGCCGCGAUUUUGAACCAACCACUGCGAUAUAGAAUCACUUUGUUGGGCUCUGCUAGCAAAAUACUCGAUAUUACACCAGACCUGCCUGAUCCAAACCUACCGCUCUUCGCGAGAGGCGGCGACAUGACCCUAUUCCGUUAUGCCAUGUUCCUGUUAAACAAAUGCAUAGCACAAUUACUAUGGGGUAGGGGUUUAGCCGUCCACGAUAUGAGACCGACUUUGGCUAAUUUACAACGCCUGCUAAUUACGCCCUGUAAUCUGUCGGAUACGUCAAAAUUAUUCGGUACGUAUCAAUGGUUGGCCGACGGCGAUUGUCCUAGAACGCAGUCCUUAAGAAGUCUAGUCGCCUCUGAUAGAGGGAAAUAUAGCAGGCAGUUUAAUAGAUUUAAGGAAUGCGUAGACGGACACACAUCGCAAAAGAAAUCGCUGCAAAGACAUAAACACUCUAGAAGCGAUGGCAGUUGCUAUCAAGAGGAUGCCAAUCUCACAACGCUAAAUACGUCAUCUACAUCGAUUAUGGGGAGUGAAUCAAAUUUAUACAAUAUAAAAUUAGCAGAAUCCAGCAAUUUCAAGACCCAAUCGAACCCCGAAAUAUCAUCAAUGAACAGCGAAGAAGUGCUUUUCACGAUCGGGGAUGAUGAGAAGCUCCUCAAGAUAUCAUCAAACAACGAUGACGUGUCCGAAAUCUGCUCAGCCAUCAAAGACUAUUGCGCGAAGACAGACCUACAAAACUUCGAUGUGGUAAAGCAUAUGAAGUGUGACACAGAUGUGUGUCCGGAAAUUGAGGAUUUAUGUGUGAGUUGCGAUAGAGAUAGUGAUGUGUGUAAUCUGGAAUGUUCGAACAAUGUGUCUGACGUCAUUGUUAUACCCAGUGCCGAGGCGAUUAUUGGGGAUUGA